AUGUCGGACGACGCAGCCAUCAAACAGCUUGAAAAUGCUCUGGCGCUCCAGAAAAAAGCAUUUUUGAAAAAUCAGCGUCCUUCCCUCGAAGAACGAAAAGCCAACAUCGGCAAGAUCCCUGGGAUGGUCAUUUCAAACAGAGAAGCCAUCCUGGCGGCCAUGAACAAGGAUUUUGGCAGUCACCCAAAGGUAGCUGUCGAUUUGGUGGAGAUCUUGGGUGUGGCAGGGAGAGCCGCUUAUGUACUGUCCCAAAUCGACAAGUGGACGGCUGCUGAUUUCAGAGAAUUCGAUCCACAUAUGUUUGGGGAUGCCGCUGCAGAAGUGCGGUAUCAACCCAAAGGUGUCAUUGGGAACAUUGUCCCGUGGAACUUCCCCCUAGACCUAUCGCUGGGCCCACUAUGUGAGAUGCUCGCUGCCGGAAAUCGUGUGAUCAUAAAGCCAUCAGAGUUUACGCCGGCAACUGGCGCUCUCCUGGCUAAGAUGAUCAAGGAGAAUUAUCCCGAGGACCUUGUCACCGUGGUGAACGGCGGCUUGGAGCUCUCGAAACGUUUCUCGCAGCUCAAAUUCAACCACAUUCUGUAUACAGGCAACCCAGCAGUGGGCAAGCUUGUAAUGGCCGAAGCCGCAAAGAAUCUUGUGCCUGUGACGCUUGAACUUGGUGGAAAGUGCCCGGCCAUCAUGCAGAAGGGUUCCGUCAACGACGAGAACGUUGAGUCGAUAAUAGGCACCAAACUUUUGAAAAAUGGCCAGAUGUGCAUAUCUGUCGACCAUGUCGUGGUCCCACGAGACGAGGUGGCUGCGUUCACCGAUGCUGCAGAGAAGCUGUUCAAGUCGAAACUGGCCGAUUAUACCUCAUCUGCAGACAACACUGGAAUCAUCUCCCAACGUCACCUUGAUAGAAUCAACAGGUUGGUCAGCGAGGCUGAGAAGGCUGGUGUGAAAUCGAUCAAGCUCGGUGGCGAGGUACAGACAGAGAACACGAAGCGACAGCUUCCGCUGACACUCCUCGUCGACCCUCCGCGAGAUCUCGAGGUGAUGCAAGACGAGAUCUUCGGUCCCAUCCUCCCCAUCAUCCCAUACGAUGACAUCGACGCUGCCGUUGAAGAGAUCAAUGCAGGCGAACGACCUCUCGGUCUGUAUGUGUUCGGCGACGACAUCGAUGCCGCCAAUAAAAUCAUCGACAACACCAACUCCGGCGGUGCGGCGAUCAACUGUGCGGCUUUACAAGGAGCUCUUCCAUCGUUACCCUUUGGCGGUUCAGGAAACAGCGGCAUGGGCAGACAUCAUGGAGUGGAAGGGUUCCGAAGUUUUUCAAACCCGCGGGGAGUGUUUACUCGUUCGAAAACAAAUGCGGAUAUGAUAAAGGCUUUUAUGCCGCCUUAUGCCGCGUUGGGCGAGCCUCUGGCUGAGGCUGCGUAUAAGCAGGCAACGGGUGUUGCUUGA